AUGAAGGCGUUGGCUUACAUUUGUCUCUUAGCCAUCAUAUUUACCACCGCUCACAGUGAGGAAAAAUGUGAAAACAAGAACCAUCGGCUCUUUGAUCAAGAAUUUGGUAUGGCUUUAACUCCAGACGAUUUAAUAACCAGCAUGAUGUCUCCGUGGAUGUUUAGAGACUAUUUCCGACCCUGGAGAUUCCUUGACGCUCUAGCUCGCGAUGUAGGAUCCACAAUCGUUAGUGAAAAAGACAAAUUCCAUAUAAACCUGGACGUGCAGCAUUUUUCACCGGAUGAAAUAAAUGUCAAAACAGCAGACGGAUACGUCGUAGUCGAAGCUAAGCACGAAGAGAAGAAAGAUGAGCAUGGCUCAAUUUCGAGACAGUUUGUAAGAAAGUAUUCUUUACCGGAAGGUGUAGAAUCAGAAGAUAUUGUCUCCCAACUGUCAAGUGAUGGAAUUUUAACUAUCACAGCGCCCAGGAGAGAGAUUGAUUCAAAAGGCGAAAGAGUCAUUCCUAUUACACAAACUGGCCCAGUUAGGAAGGAGGCAAAGGAAGCUAAGGCACCUGAGGGUUCUUGCCAAGCUAAAGACGAGAAGUGUGGUGCCUAA